GAGUGAGGGGCGGGGGAAGGGGGGGGCUUCAGGGCCGCCGCGCGCGCGCGCGAGCAAAAUGGCGGCGGCGUCGUCGUCCGGCAGGGGCGAGCGGAGCGGCCGGGCCGAGCGCGGCGGAGGCGGCGCGGGAGCCGCCGGAGUCGGCGGCGCCGCGGCCGCGGACCCCCUGGACGAGAUGCUGGCUCGCGACGUGGACGAGAAGGCGGUCAGCGACCUCGUGGGCUCGCUCGAGUCGCGCCUCGGGGGCGCCCGGGUGGCACUCAUCGCUAACAACCACGCGGCCCGCGGCGGCGGUGGUGGUGGUGGAGAAGCGGCGAGGGAGCAGCAGCAGCAGCAGCAGCUCAAGCAGCAGCAGCUGAAGCAGCUAGCAGCAGCGACCUCCGGGACACGGGGUAGUAGCAGCAGCAGCUGCAAUUAGCGUCACCGUUGCGAACUCCACGUUUGGAUGUGUGGCCUCCACGCCGGUCAUCAUAACUUCUGUAGGAGGAGGAGGAGGCGGAGCUGCUGGCGCUGCUGCCGCUACAGCAGUAGCAGCAGCGGGAUCAGCAUCAGCAGCAGGAGGUGGUGCUGGUGGUGCUGCACAGGUUCACCCGAGCCGCCUUGGAGGGAGCACAGUGGCGCCCGCGCUCACCGCCUCCAUCUCUUCCUCGGUGUCGUCCAUCGCGACCAUCUCCCCCAUCUCCUCCAUCAUCUCCUCCUCCUCCUCCUCGCCGUCUCCGCUGCUGCUGAAUCACGCGACCAAGGCGAUCUCCUCGCCCGUCUCGCACACGCUCAACGGCAGCGCCGUCACCACCCCCGCGGCGACCCCCCCCGCGGUCGCCACCCCCUUGGGGGUCCCCUUGGGGGGGUCCUCCCCGGGCUGUGCGAGCAACGGGCUGAGGACCCCGAGCCCCGCCGCGAACCCGCCGCGCGCGGGGGCCCAGCAGGCGGCGGGGCCCGCGUGCUGCGCCCCGCGGCCGCCCCAGCAGGCCGUGUUCAACGGAGCCGAGCACGGACACGGGGCGCUGCUCGGGCAGCAGCAGCAGCAGCAGCUGCAGCUGCACGUGGGAGUGAGUAGCACCACCACCAGCAGCAGCAGCAUCAUCAGCAGCAGCAGCCCAGUGUCCACCCCUCAGGGGCCGCAGCCCGGCGUCUCGAAACCCGCCCUGGCCGCCGUGACGGCCCCGGCGCAGCUGAGGCCCGCGCUGGUGCCCCCCGUGCACCGCGUGAUGGCCCCGCAGGUGAUCGCGCCGCGGCCCAUGCAGCAGCAGCAGCAGACCAUGGUGCAGCUGCCGCCCGGAUUCACAAUCCCGCCAGGCAUGGUGCUCGUGCAGAAGGAAGGCCACCUCAUCCUGCUGCCCCACUCGGCGCUGCAGCAGCUGAGGCCAGCAACUCCCGGAGCCGCGCCGCAGUUUCGUCUCCCGCCCAUUCACCAGCCCCCCGGGACGCACGUGAUUGCGAGGAGCGUGGCCCCCACCAUCAUCAAGCAGAUCUCACCGGGCCAGACCGUGGCCUCCACACAGCCCACGCCGCUACAGCCUCAGCAGCCGGUCUCCGUGGCGCCCACCACCAUGGCGACGUCGACCGCGACGGCGCCGGUCCACCGGCCUCCCGUGCCGGUCCAGGCCAAGGUCAUCCAACCGCCGACGGUCAUCUCGGCGCCGCCCGCCACCGCCACCUUCAGCACCGCGACGCUCACGCGACCGCCCACUCCGACAACUCCCGUCAUGGUGACGAGCGCAGGGUCGAUCCGACCUCUGACCUCACCCACCACAGUGGCCAUCACGGCGGCGCUGCCGGGCGGCGGCGCCGUGAGAGCCGCUGCUCCAACGCUCGUCAUGACGCCGGAGCUGAUGGAGAACGUGAAGAAGUGCAAAAAUUUCCUGUCGACGCUGGUGAAGCUGGCAUCCACGGGGCAGCAGUCGCCCGAGACGGCGCACAACGUGAAGGACCUCGUGCAGAGCUUGCUCGACGGGAAGAUUGAGCCAGAGGAGUUCACCAGCCGGCUGCAGAAAGAGCUCAAGUCGUCCCCACAGCCAUACCUGGUGCCUUUCCUCAAGAAGAGCCUGCCAGCGCUGCGGCAGAUGAACAAGAAUCUGCAGACCUUCCCGGCGGCCACCUGCUCAUCCAGCGCGCCGGCGCCCACCGUCUCCCUCUCGACCAUACGGCCCACGCUCGCCACCGGCACCGGCCUGGGCGUGACAACGCACACUGUGACGUCGCAGCAGCAGCAGCAGCUGCGGAUGAAGCAGUUGCAGGCGCUGUCGGGUGCCCAGGGAACCGUGCUCACCCGUCCCACCACCUCCAUCGGCCACAUGCGGCACAUACAGCCAGGCAUGGCGGUGAGAUUUGGGGCGGUGAGCGGCAAGGGCCCGGCAGUCGGCCUCUCUGCCGGCGCCCUCGCGACCUCCACCAGCCACACGGCCUCCACGGCACAGAAGGGGAAGUUCAAGGACGCGGGUGGGGGCACCUUCAAGGACGACGAUGACAUCAACGACGUGGCGUCGAUGGCCGGGGUCAACAUUAACGAGGAGAGCGCGCACAUCGCGGCCACGGGCUCCGAUACUGUCGGCACGCAGAUCCGCUCGUGCCGUGACGAGGCCUUCCUCUCCGGCACACCGCUGCUGGCGCGCAUGCAGGACAUUGCUAAGCGGCACGGUGUGAGCGAGGUGCCGCCGGACGCAGUGAGCCUGAUGUCGCAUGCCGCCCAGGAGCGGCUGCGUGGCGUCAUCGAAAAGCUGACGGUCAUCGCGCAGCACCGGCUCGAGAACAUGAAGGAGGAAGAGCGGUACGAGCCGACGAACGACGCUCGCUCGCAGCUCAAGUUCUUCGAGCAGCUCGACCGCCUGGAGAAGCAGCGCAAGGACGAGCAGGAGCGCGAGAUCCUGCUGCGAGCAGCCAAGAGCCGGUCGCGGCAAGAGGACCCGGAGCAAGCGAGGCUCAAGCAGAAAGCCAAAGAGAUGCAGCAGGCGGAGCUGGCGCAGAUGAGGCAGAGGGACGCCAACCUCACGGCACUCGCCGCCAUUGGGCCCCGCAAGAAGCGGAAGAUCGACUCUCCCAGCCACGGCUCAUCGGGCGAGGGCGGAGCGGCGUCCGGCGCGGCGACGGCCGCCGCGUCCUCCUCCUCGUCCGCCGCCUCGUCGUCGUCGUCGUCGCUGUCCCAGGCGGGGGGGGCGGCGGGGGCCGGUCAGGGGCCAUCGGGCGCCGGCGGGGCAAGCGGGACGCCGGCGCCGAGGCCGUUCUCGCGACAGAGAAUCACCCGCGUCAACCUCAGGGACCUCGUCUUCUACCUGGAGCAGGAGCGCGAGGGCAGCCACUCGCUGCUGCUCUUCCAGGCGCUGUUCAAGUGACCCCCACCCUCGCCGCUGCCCCCCCCCCUCGCCCGCCCUCCCUCCCUCUCUCCCGUCCACGUGCCCGGCCCUCCCCAGGCGCGAGACGGCGCCCGCCCCGACGACUCGGCCCAUUCUCUUCGCCGGUGCCGCUGACGCCGUGGUGGUGGCGGCGGCGGCGGUGGUGCCGGUGAGGGGAAGAUGGAGGAGGAGAGAGAAUCAUGGAGUCUGUCCUUGUAGCUGGGAUGGUGCUAAUGGAGGGGGGGGGGGCUCAGUGGGACCCCUCUUUUGCCUUCCCCCCCCCCCCACUUGCUUUGCUGGGGAGCGGGCGGUGGUGGAGGGGGGGGGAGCUGUUGGAAGAAGCGCUGUGCGGAGAGUCUCGUGCGCGUGGUGAGAGUGAAUGUACGCGCGUGGUGAGAGUGAAUGGUGAGAGUGAAUGUACGCGCGUGGUGAGAGUGAAUGUACGCGAAUGGUGAGAGUGAAUGUACGCGCGUGGUGAGAGUGAAUGUACGCGCGUGGUGAGAGUGAAUGUACGCACGUGGUGAGUGAAUGUACGUGGUGAGAGUGAAUGGCGAGUGUGAAUGGUGAGAGAGAGUACGCGCAUGGCGAGUGUACACGCGUGCGUGUGCCUGAUUUUUCCUUGUUUAUUUAUCAGCCCCACACCCCCCCCCCCUUGCUGUUGUGAUGUUUCUCUCCCAUGCCCCCCCGCCCCCCACCCAAAUUCCCUUCCUCGCCCCCCCCCCCCACUGGCCAAGAAUAAUAAUGAUGAUGACUUGUGGGGGACAGAGGGGGGAGCUCCUUCAUGUCACCACCAUCCCCACAAUCACCAUCACCACCACUACCAUCCCCACAAUCACCACCACCAUCCCCAGAAUCACUGUCAUCACCACCACCAUCCCCACAAUCACCGUCAUCACCACCACUACCAUCCCCACAAUCACCACCACCAUCCCCAGAAUCACUGUCAUCACCACCAUCCCCACAAUCACCACCACCAUCCCCACAAUCACCACCACCAUCCCCACAUUCACCGUCAUCACCACCACUACCAUCCCCACAAUCACCACCACCAUACCCAGAAUCACUGUCAUCACCACCACCAUCCCCACAAUCACCGUCAUCACCACCACCAUCCCCACAAUCACCACCACCAUCCCCACAAUCACCGUCACCACCACCACCAUCCCCAGAAUCACCACCACUAUCCCCACAAUCACCAUCAUCAAAAUUGCCAUCACCACCAUCGUCACCAUCGUCACACCACAAUCAUCACCAUUAACAUCCCCGCUAUCGUUACCACCACCGUCGUCGUCACCACCAUCCCCACAGCAGCCGUCAUCGCCACCAUCGUCCUCGGUAUUGUUCGUGAUGUUGGCACGGUGUGCGUCUCGCCUCCGCACGGAAGGAACCCAUCUCUCAAGCCAAUCCCAGCGAAAUUUCUACUACGAAAAAAUUGUUUGCACUGCGCAAUGCUCGGGCAUCUCUCUCACGACUCCUGCUGCAUCUCCGCGAGCGUGGACCGCGCCGGCUCCAGUCUCUCACGGACGACGACGAAGGGCGGGCGAGCGAGCGAGCGGGCGCCCCACGGCUCUCCCACCUCCCCUGUACAUAGUUUUACGCGCUCUUUUUUGGACAGAAAACAAAAAGAUAGAAUAUACGUUGUCACACCUUUGAGAAUUGUGUUCAUAUUUUUGGUAAUAAAUAAUGGAUCCGA